GCCCGUGCAGCCGUUACAGCGCGUGCGCUGUGAGGGGUGCGCGCGGCGGUGCGGGGUGUGAGCGCGCGUCUCCCGGGGUUGGGGAGUCCCCGGAAUGUUGAGGGGUUAUCCUGAGGAUUGUAUGGUCCUCAGCCCCCCUUGCCAGGGGCAGGGAUACACCCCCUAGAUCAAUUUGCUCAGGGCCUUACUCCCGCCUGGCUUUGAAUACUGCUCUUAAUGGGGCAUCUACAACCUCCCCGGGCAGCCUGUUCCGGUGUCUCACCACCCUCGCAGUGAAAAAUUUCUUCCUAAUAUCUAACCUCAAUUUCCUCCCUUUCAGUGUGUACCCAGUGCUUCUUGUCCCAGCACUGCAGUUCCUGAUGAAGAGUCCCUCUCCACUUCCUUAUCGGCUCCCUUCAGAUACUGGAAGGUUACUCUGAGGUCUCCACUCUGUCUUCUCCAGGAUGAGCAGCCCCAAGUUUCUCAGUCUGUCCUCACAGGGCAGGUGCUCCAGUCCUCACCAACCUCGUGGCCCUCCUCUGGACUUGCUCCAACAGUUCUGUGUCCUUAUGUCGGGGACACCAGAACUAUCAGCAGCACUCCAGGUGGGAUCUCACCAGAGCAGAGAGAAGGAAUCACCUCCUUUGAACUGCUGACCAUGCCUGUCAUGACCACCCUUUGGAUGCAGCCAAGGAUUUCCUUGGCUUUCUGGGCUGUGAGGGCUCACUGCCAGCUGAGUUUUUUAUCAAUCAUCACCCCAAGUCUUUCUCUGCAGGGCUGCUCUCAGUCACUUCUCUGCCCAGCCUGGGAUUGCCACGACCCAGGUGUAGGACCUGGCACUUUGUUGAACUCCUUGAGGUUUCCCUCAGCCUGCCUUCAAGCCUGUGGAGGUCCCUCUGGGUGGCAUCACUUCACUGUGUCGACUGCACCACACAGCUUGGAGCUUCCAACAAAUUUGCUGAGGGUGCACUUGAUCCCAUUGUCCAUGUCACCUACAUUUAACUGUAUUGACCUCAAUACUGACCUGAAGGACACUGCUUUCAGCUGCAAUUCCUACUUCACUGUCAGGAUACAUGUCUGCUCCUCUGGCUUUGAAAAUUGGUUUACUGAUGUUAUCCAUGUAAACAAAAUGUCACCUGAGCAUAAAGAAUUCUACAGUCAUUGGCAUCCUGCUGGAGGACACAGGGAUUCCUGUUACACUGCCAGCACACUGAAAAAUUCCUGGAGGAAUCCCCUGGUUGCUGCUUUCCAGCUGCACCUCCACAUCUGCUCAGAGAAUCAACUGUGCCUCAAGCCAUCGAUUUCCCCCAGCAGUUCAAGGCACAGGAAAACUACCUUGGAACUUGUACGUUACGGUAAGUCAUUUCAUGAAAGACGAAUUCCUGGAAACUUGGGAAUUUGUGCUCAUCCAAACGCAGAGAUGUGACAGCAGCUUGAAAGUAAAUGCAGCUCCCCAGAGGCAAAGCAGAGCUAUGCUUGGGCUGCAGCAGCCUGGCACAGAGAAGGGUGAGAGAAGCCACAGCAGGACAGGUGAGGCACCAAAAAUGCCUUUAUCUUCUUACCUGUGACCUUUUGGACAAAGUCACCUUGUAUCCACCCAGGACAUCAGACAAAGCUGCUUCUAAGAACACUGAUGCAAAAAUGAGGUCUGGGGUGGUCAUUUAUGGUUCAAGUAGCGGUUUAUAUAUUUAUUAUCAUUAUACACAACCUUGACAAUCUAUAUUGCCAUUCAAAAAUAAAUUGAAGUCUUGUCAAUUUGCACAUGAUCUGUCACUACUAAGAAUCCCAUUUACAUACAUCGUAAACAUUUUCCAUACUUAAACACCGCUUUAAAUUCUGACGCUCCCAUCUCUUCCCCCCCUCAACCCAUGGAGAUAUGGUUAUCGACUAUGGAAAGAAACUUUUCCAACCACUGCAACAUUCAGGGACUACCACCUUUUUUGAUCAACUUAAUUAAACUAUUUCAACACUUUGUUGACCGAG